UUUUUUUUUUCGUUUUCUCCCAAAUCUCUGGAAAAAAUCUUGUAAUAUUAAUUAAAAAAAGAAGAAGCGAAGAUCAUCGAUCCAGAAGCAAAGUCAAUACGCUUGUGAUUGUUGUAUGCUUGUGAAAGCAAGAUGGUGAAGUUGACUAUGAUUGCUCGUGUGACUGAUGGUCUUCCUUUAGCGGAGGGGCUGGAUGAUGGCCGUGAUAUUCAAGAUGCAGAUUUCUACAAACAGCAAGCCAAGUCCUUGUUUAAGAACCUUUCUAUGGGCCAGAUUGAGGCAUCAAGGAUGUCUGUAGAAACUGGGCCUUAUAUUUUCCAUUAUAACAUUGAAGGCCGUGUUUGUUAUUUGACAAUGUGUGACCGUUCUUAUCCCAAGAAACUUGCUUUUCAAUACCUAGAAGACCUCAAGAAUGAGUUUGAGCGUGUCAAUGGGAGUCAAAUCGAAACUGCUGCUAGGCCUUAUGCUUUUAUUAAAUUUGAUACAUUCAUACAGAAGACAAAGAAACUGUACCAGGACACCAGAACUCAGCGCAAUAUUACAAAGUUGAAUGAUGAACUCUACGAAGUUCAUCAGAUAAUGACUCGAAAUGUACAAGAAGUUUUAGGUGUUGGUGAAAAGUUGGAUCAGGUCAGUCAGAUGUCCAGUCGCUUGACAUCAGAAUCCCGCAUUUAUGCUGAUAAAGCAAGAGAUUUAAACCGUCAGGCUCUGAUUCGGAAAUGGGCACCCGUGGCUAUUGUCAUUGGAGUUGUUAUUCUCCUCUUCUGGGCGAAAAAUAAGAUAUGGUGAUGCAACUAUACCAUAUGCAGCUUAGAGAAGUGUUGUUACUCUUUGAUACUUACUGAUUUUGCAACAUCAAACUGUUUGGCAACCGAUAGACCACUUAACAUUUCAAGGUGGCUACCGUGUUGUGCGCGCAAUGAAGAGAGUUUUUUGGCAGAUGAGACACUCAAGCUAUGAGUUUGAUAAUGUAAGACAGAUAAACC